AUGGUUCUGAAUAAGGUGUACCUGCUCACCAUCCUGGUGCUGUUUUACCUGCCAAAUGAGGAUGACGACUACUUGGGCAAAUUAAUCAACAUUUCGAAGAAGAUAACAAAAUACGCACAAAACAAUAAGGCUAAAAUUGCCAAAGUAUUGGCUACAUCAGCACUUUCAGCUUAUUCACUCAAUUGGGUAUACCAGACAGGUGUCACAUUGCAAAGCGAACCACACUACUCCCUGUUCGUCCCCUCCAACAGCUACUUAAACAAUGCAAUUAAAAAGAUUAAGAAAAAUUAUCAAAUAAAAAAGUGCAUAUUUAAAGAGGACAAAAUUUUCGAAAGGAAUUUCCACCACGAAUAUGCCAACUCAGAAAUGGGACAAAUAUAUCUUGUGAACAAUUUGGUAAAUUUUUUAAAUUUCUUACCCUACAAGUGGAAAAAAAAAUGUACAUACAACUUUGGUAAAUAUAAAGAAUUUGAAAAUGCCGAAAAUCUUUUUGACUACAUCAGAAUAGGGAAGCAUGAAGGACCCAUUUUGUUGUUCCAGGGGAAAUUAAAAAAACAGUACUGGAUACAUUUGCCACUAAAGUAUGAAAUUGUGAAAGAGGGGGAAGAAGGUUCUCUUUGCACACUUACAUUUACACCGUUACACAAAUAUUAUUCUGAUUAUACUGUCCAGAUAAAACUGUUCAAGGAGAAGGAAACUAAUAAAGUUACCCUUAUCACCUCUGUUAAAUGCGCCAAGAAGAAUGAUGAGAAGGGAAAUUCCUUCUACAUAAAUGUGGUUAAAAAUAUUGCCAUGUUUUUAACACAUGAUAUUUUUGAAGGAAUAAAUAACAACAUCCAUGUGGUGCUCAGAAGGAAUGCAAACUGUACAAAAACGAUUAACAGAUCGAAUGUCCCUUUAAAAAGGAAAAAAAAAAAACAAUCUUCAGUUCGUCCUCUCGCCGGUCAUCACGCCGUGGAGUUUUAA